AUGGAAACCCUCCAAGAGACUGCGCGUGUGAUUACCUCGAAGCCAGCGCAGAGAGCUGCUGUCAAUGUAGUGCUCCUGGUGUCGAGUGCAGUGACCUUGUUUGGUCUUGCGUCACUUGCGACGGCGCUAUUCUUCCAGAACUUUGUGCCGGAUCAGUUUAUCACAACGCCUGUGUAUCUCCAAUACCAAUCAGGAGUAAAUCCAUACGGAGUCGCGCAACUUGUAUACCCAUCGCCCAAGUUACAGCAAGACUAUGACGUUUCGGUAACGCUGUCCAUGCCGCGAUCGCCUCCGAAUACGCAACGGGGAAACUUCAUGGUGUCAUUGCAUCUGGUCAAGGACGAUGAGAAGGGCUACAAGUCUGACGCGGGCGGACGCAAAGCCAUCAACAGCCAAAAGUACCUCGAGACGCAAAAGGUGCUCUUCACGGCCCGGCGACCUGCCCUGAUGCCAUACGAAGAUCCUAUUCUUUCAGUGGCCAAGCGCGUGGUCUUUAUGGCGUACUAUAUUCUAUUCCCGCAGUCGCAGGCUCGCUCUUUGACAGUACAGCUUGCUGAGCGGGUAAGAUUUGACAAGAGCGCAUUGCAGCCCACUGCUGCGUUUGUGGAAAUUGAAGCUGGACAGGAUAUACAAAUCUACAGCACCGCAUUGACGCUGACGGCACAGCUACGCGGACUACGGUGGUUAAUGUUUCAUUAUCGACUUCUCACAUAUAUGGCAUUCACGUUCCUGUUCUGGGUGUGUGAGGUUUUAUUUAUGAUUCUGGCGUGGGCCGUAUGGACCGCCACGACAACACCGAAGGGGACGAAGGACAAAAGAGAUGGCUUUACUGAUGGUGAGGAGGACGAGACUAACGAUGAGUAUGAUGACGACUCCGAACGCGCGGUUGGUUCUGGAGCAACUGGUAGGCAGACAGCGAUAAAGAGAGAACCUGAGGUUAAGAGGGAGGACGACGACGAACCGGAGCGAGCAAUCUCAGAUAUACCGUUGGCUGGCGCAGAGGCGGAUGACGAAGAAGACUUUGACGACGAUGGCAAUGUAAUCAGUGGGACUAGAAGUGAUUCAGGAAUUGGGACGAGUUUCAAGGAAGAACGGAGCGAUAGCGUCCGACGACGAGCUUCUCGCAACAUGAUGGAAUGA